AUGGAAGAUUAGUGGUUUUUAAAUGGAAAGAAAGUAAUAAAACAACAAAUGCUGUCAAAAUCAUCACAUCAGAUAAUUAAUGGUGUAUCAAUAACAUUAGAAGCUUCAUUUGGAUGCUUAUAGAAUCCAAUUAGAAAGAACUGUAUGUUUGUAAAUGAUGACACUCUUAUGUUCAUAAGUGGCAAACAUAUAGUGCUCUACGACAUUAUUAGAAAGAGAUAAACUUAUAUAAUGAAGAGUGCUGAAGAUGAAGUAGUCUAAGCAUUGAGUUUUCAUGUUUCACAUGGAUAAAAAUUGUUCAUUGCUAUAGCAUUCAAAUCAACAAGCAAGAUUCUUCCCACUGUCAAAGUGUACAAUAGAAAAAAGAAGCGAUUUUAUUAAUGUGUCCACUCUCAUUUAUUGCCUAAUAGUAAUAUUCAUGAGAUUCUGUUCAUUAAUGAUGGAAAGGUACUAUAUAGGAUGAAAAUUAGCAUCUCAUCUCGUUAUCAACUUAAGAGGAUGGUUAUGGAAUGAGUUUGUUUGCAGUUAGUAAAGAAGUUUCACUUUCUUACACUCUCAUCAAAUAAAAAAUAAACAUGCUAGAAUCAAUUAGUGACUUUGAAUUUUUUCUGAUUGGACCUCAAUUUUUAACAUCAUACAAAUAUUAAGCUGACAUAAGUGGGUUAGAAAUAUAGAAUAAUUUGAUUACUGUAUUAGAGUUAUAAUCAGAUGAAAACAUUGUAGGAGUUUGUUAUAAUUCUGAAAAGAAAUAUGCAAUUGUUGCAACUAGCAAAAACAAUCUCAUAAUGGUUAAAGGUGACAAGAAAGUUGGAAAAUUCGAAUUACAAACUCAAUUGAAAGAAUCAAAUCAUUUAUUAUGUAAUCACCAUAACAUAUUAAUUAUAGAAUAAAUUAACAAGGAUAAAAAUAAGCCAACAGAAUAAGAAAAAUUAGUGAAUGUUCGAAUCUCUACCAUAGCCAAGACCAAUAAAGGGUUCAUUAUAGGCUUAAUAGGAAAACCUGCAUUACAAGUUUAUGAAAUUGAAUAGGAUAUUACAGAACAAGAAUAAUAUAUAUUAAAUUUGGUCGGUACUUAUUUUAUCAAGGAUGAACAUAUCUAUGGAAUUCAUUAAAUUCAUUUAGCUACCGAUGAGAUGUAUGCAGCAUUAACAGUGAUUUACUUUAAUCGUUCUGCAUAUCAAGUAGCUUUAGGGUCGUAAUAAGUGCUGAAUAAUAUUGUUUCAUGUGAGUCAAUCUUAGAAAAUUAUUAAGGAAAAUUAGAAUUAUUUACAUUUAAUUUAGCAAUUGUCGAAGCUUUAAAGUCAGUUCAAAAAGAUCCAUUUGAACCAUUAUUUGAAAAGGGUGUUCACAAGGGUACAAUUUUUAAUAUUGCCACAACUCCUAUGAGAUCUAUAAUAGCAUCAGUGUGUGAUGAUAAGAAUAUAAAAUUUUGGGAUUAUUCUAAUGAUUUUAAAGAAAUGUUCUCACAUUAAUUUCACGAAACUCCAUUAUCAGUGGCUAUUCAUCCAUUAAGUAUUAAUGCGCAAUUGGAUUUAAGGAUGGGUAAUUAAAUAAAUAUUCAUUGUACAUAGGCUUCGAUUCUAUUUUAUCCUAGAUGAUGAUCUUAAAUUAGUCCAUAAUGAGACUACUAAAGUUUGUAAUGCUCUAACAUAUAGUGAAGGAGGUCACAUUUUAGCAGCUGCUAAUGGUAAUCAAAUUUAAUUGUAUAACCCAUUAACAUAUAAAAUGAUUAAUGUGUUGCCUAAUCACUAAACAAAUCUAAAGGAUCUAUUAUUUAUAGAUAAAGUAUUAAAAUUAAUUAAAUAUAUUUCAGGACAACCUGUUAAUUUCAUAAUGUCAAUUUGGAAUUUUAUAUGUUUGGAAUUUACUUUCUGGAGAAAGAAUCUUAGAACAUGCUUAAAAGCAGAACAAGUAUCAAAGUUUAUGUUAUGACUUUGAAUACGAUCUUGUUAUUGGUGUUUCAGAUUAGAAAUUAAAGGUUUAUCAUGAGAAGGGUUAGAACAUGGUCUUAGAAGUUGAUACAUCUCCAACUUAAUUUAGUGCAAUAUGUAUUAGUCAUAGAUAUAAUGCAAUUUUUUUUGGAACUACAUAAGGAUCUAUUAGAGUUUACUCUUAUCCAUUUUAUCAUUUUAAUCCUAAAAUGAUGGAAUCCAUCGAAAUUCCUGUCCAUUAAUUAGCUGUCACAGCUAUUAAAGUAUCUCCUGAUAAUAGUUAUUUAAUAAGUUCAUCUAUUGAUGGUAGUAUCUUCUUUAGUAAAAUCNAAUAUAAAUUAGUAUAAAAUAUCUUAGUUAGAACGAAAAAUUAAUUGUUUGAUGAAAGUCUUAAACUAAAAUUAGUUCAUUUACUAUGUAAUCAUCUUAAUAUAUAUAUUAUAGAAUAAAUUAACAAGGAUAAAAAUAAGCCAACAGAAUAAGAAAAAUUAGUGAAUGUUCGAAUCUCUAUAGCCAAGACCAAUAAAGGGUUCAUAAUUAUAUUAAUAGGCAAAACUGCAUUAUAAGUUUAUGAAAAUGAAUAGGAUGUUAUAGAACAAGAAUAAUAUGUUUAGAAUUUGGUCGGUACUUAUUUUUAUAAAGGAUGA